CAAGAAAAGCUUCUCUCUUUCUUCCUUUUCUUCUUCUAUACUCCCUCAUCGAAUUUCCUCCCAAUUUCCUUUCUGUAUAAAUCCCAUCCCACAACCAAUUUCCAAACUUUUUCCUUCCUUCCUUUCUUCUUCUUCUUCUUCUUCUUCUACUUUCAUUUCUUCGCCGCCAGCCAGCCAUGCCAGUUUCAGUUUGGUGGGGGAAGAAGUUCAGCAGCAAGAGCAGCAGCCCGACCAGCGGCGGCGGAAACAACAACGAGAGCUCGUUUUCUCCCAAGUCGUCGGCCAAGCUUGAUAACUUCAGGAGGAACAGCUCCGAUUCACCGUCAGCUGCUCCCGGUUUGACUGGUUCUUCGCGCGCGGGGAGAGAUUCCUCCGGCGGAUCUUCUGGGUUCUCCGGGUUCGAUUCGGAUGCCGACAGGCGCGGGCACCCUUUGCCCCGCCCGUCCGUCAGUGAUCGCGGCGGCGAUCAGGGUGGGGGCAUAGUCGGGUGUGGGAUUGGGUCGGGUUCCGGCUCGGCCUCUGGGUCCGUUUCCAGCGUCAGCUCGAAUGGGUCGGCUGGUGAUGAGCCCCAGAUUGGGAGUGGUGAUAAUCAGGCGACGUUUUUCGGCGGUUACAGGUCACCCAGCAAUCCAGGAGGACGAGCUGAAGCUAAGUUUUACAUGGGCUCUAGGAGCCCUGGUCCAGGGUCAAGAAGCCCUGGUCCUAGGUCAAGAAGCCCUGUACCUGGUUCGAGAAGUACAAGCAGGCCUACCUCACCCCUUCAUCCGCGGUUAAGCGGUAUGAAUCUUGAUUCGCCAACUGGGAGGUCCGAUGACAGCAAAAGCCAAUGUCACCCAUUGCCUCUUCCCCCAACUUCACCCACUAGUCCUUCAUCUUCCACAACAAGCUCAAGAAAUCAUGGAGGGGGUGAAAGCAUGACAGCGACAUUGUCAAAAUGGAAAAAAGGAAAACUUCUUGGAAGGGGAACUUUCGGUCAUGUUUACCUUGGUUUCAAUAGUGAAAAUGGGCAGAUGUGUGCGAUAAAAGAGGUCAGGGUUGUCUCAGAUGAUCAGACAUCAAAAGAAUGUCUUAAGCAACUGAACCAGGAGAUCAAUUUGCUUAGUCAACUUUCCCAUCCAAACAUUGUUAAAUACCACGGGAGUGAAUUGAGCGAUGAAACACUUUCAGUUUAUUUGGAGUUCGUCUCUGGUGGUUCUAUUUACAAAUUACUUCAAGAGUAUGGCGCCUUCAAGGAGCCGGUCAUCCAAAAUUAUACCCGGCAGAUUCUGUGUGGACUAGCCUACUUACAUGGAAGGAAUACUGUUCACAGGGAUAUCAAAGGAGCCAACAUAUUAGUUGAUCCUAAUGGUGAAAUCAAAUUGGCAGACUUUGGCAUGGCUAAACAUAUUACGAAUUGCUCUUCAAUGCUUUCAUUCAAGGGAAGUCCUUACUGGAUGGCACCUGAGGUUGUAAUGAAUUCAAACGGCUACAGUCUUGCUGUGGAUAUAUGGAGCUUGGGUUGUACAAUCCUCGAAAUGGCAACUUCAAAACCUCCAUGGAGCCAGUAUGAAGGGGUGGCUGCAAUAUUUAAAAUUGGGAAUAGCAGAGAUAUGCCUGAAAUACCAGAUUUCCUCUCCAACGAGGCUAAGAGUUUCAUAAAGUUAUGCUUGCAACGAGAUCCAUCUUUACGCCCUACAGCCUCACAAUUGCUGGAUCACCCUUUUCUCCGGGACCAUGGAAUGAGAGUGCCAAAUAGCCAACUUUCAUCGCCCUACAACUUCGAUGGAAGCCGCACACCGCCGGCACUGGAUAUUAAAUACAACAGGAAUGGCAUCACAUCAUCCCAUGAGGCGGAGUAUCCUAUCAAGCCUGCAAUCUCCAACGUCAGAGCACCGAGAACUUCAAGGGAUGAUUUGAGAACGAUCACCUCUUUACCUGUAUCCCCUUGCUCUAGCCCAUUGCGGCAGAGUGUGCCAGCUCACCGAAGCUGUUUCCUGUCUCCACCACACCCUCUCUUUCCCCUGAUGGGCCAAAAUGGCAGCGGCGGUUAUAACAUGACCGAUUUCUCGUUACAGCCCACAAGACAAAUCCCGGGUCUAUCUCACAGUGAUUUUGUCCUGGAAACCACUCCCCUCACGAACCACAUGACAGGUGGCUCGCCAAUCACGAGACGCCACUGAGUUGUGUACAGAACAGAGAGAAAGAGAUAUAUACUUUCCAUACUGAGAGGGUUCCCUCAAGUAGCCGGAAGCUUGUUUCAGAAGGGAGCUGGGGUAAGCCAGGAGUGAAGCCAAGAGCUACUUUUGGUGCAUAUGUGGGUUUUAUAGCAGGGUUGGUUGGUUCUCUCUUGAUUUUAGUUUUGAGGCCAAAUCAAUGUUGUGUAAAAUGGUCUCAUCUUUUCGUUUGUGUUGUAAAUGAGAGGGCGGCCACCAUUGUUGUAACAUAUGUACUGAUAAGCUGCAAGUUUGGUGUAUAAGAGAAAAAAUUGUCAGAUGCCCGGUGAUUUCGCCGGACUCUGGAAUGUUGAUAGGGUUCUUAGGACGGCCUUGUACUGGAUAUGUUUAAUCACAAUGAUCGAGAAUGUUUCCUUCGUUUUCAAUUUGGCCCUAUGACAAUUCAGGUGCAGACAGAACCAUGCCGAGCAGCUCCAACAUAGCAAGCUGAGCAAAAUAAUGAGGAAGAAAGAUCUGAUACAUUACAUUGGUGAAUUUCCUUUUACAAGUCAAAGCUAUACAUUGUACAAAGUCUUUCAGAAUAACUUCUCCUGCAGCUCUGGAUGCAAUUGUGCCAAGGCUUUAUGGCAAGAGAAACAUUUUUCUAAUUACAGUCUUUCAUAAUCGAGUUUCUCAGACUGGAUGAGCAUGUCAGUUGGCAGCCAAGCUGGUGCAGUUGGGACUCCAACCCACGCAACCUGCAGAAGAUAUGGAGAAGAAGGAUGGAAUCAGUCUAAUAAAUGGCUGGAAUAAUGAUUCGAGAAAAGUAAUCGUUGCGGAUUAAGAGGUUCAAUCUUCCACACUUUGUAAGUGGAUAUGUGCUUCAUGAUCAAGUACUUACAAGUGCAUACUCUCCUGUCUCAAAGAUCCUUAAAUCUAGCACCUGAGAAUUGUUGAUUGCUUAACAAUUUAGUUGAGAAGCAAGAGUUAAAAAAAGGAAGAAGAAGAAGAAGAAGUACACCUCGCCGCGAUCUUCAUAGAUGUAGUCCAAGCCCUUGUAGUAUGGCGGAUGGCCUACUGACAAGUAAUUUAUGCUAUUGAGGUACUUCUCUUUAUCCACUCUCACAAUCUGCCCUUUCUUCAUUGAGUAAACAGGCUUCUUCUUCGGCUUGAGAGUAUUGGUAGGAGGAGGAGAAGAAGAAGGCUGAUCCUCUGCCUUGGUCGGGGUUGCAGCUGAGUUUACAGCUCUGAUAAUGGGCUGACGCGACAAUGGAAGACGACGACGAGUCGUCGUUUGGGGAAUUGGCGGGAAUGAGGAGAGAAAUGGUACGACGUGGGGUCGUGAUAAUGUUGCAGAGAAUACAGCAGCCAUGGCGGAUUGGGAGAGGGGGAACAACGAUUUACGACCAACGACAAGGUUUCUUGAAG